AUGAGCACAACAACUCCCCUUCUUCAGCAAACCAUUGAGCCGGAUGAGGCGAUUUCAGCCCCUGCUUCUAACGCUAGGCCUGCUGCCGCGCCUGUCGUCCUCACCCCUGGGAACUCACAGCAGAUGGCCACGAAUGCCAGCGACGCGGAGUCAGGGAUUGCUGGCAUAUUUCGACAAUCCGCCCACCCGGCAGUCCUCUUCUUCUUGUACUUCUUCCGCAUAGCUGCGAUCGCCGUAUAUGUUCUAUGUGGUCUCUUCACCGACAAUUACGUGGUAUCCACAGUUGUCGUCGUCGUACUCUUGUCUAUGGACUUCUGGAAUUGCAGGAAUGUCUCUGGACGAACACUCGUAGGAUUGAGAUUUUGGAACCAAGUUGAUGAGGACGGCGAGAGCUAUUGGGUCUUUGAGAGCAGAGAUCCGUCGCGGCCCGCAAAUCCCGUCGACUCCAAGAUGUUCUGGAUUGCCCUCUAUACGUUUCCAGCAGCGUGGCUGCUUCUCUUUGUCGUGUCAAUCAUCCGUUUCAAUGUAUCCUUCGUUCCCAUCGUAAUUCUUGCGCUGGUCUUCAACAUAACGCUCGUUAUUGGGUAUACUUACGCGGACCGUGAUGCAAAGCAACGAUGGGCCACAGGCAUCGCUACGUCAGGAUGGAACCUGGGCAUGGGAGGCAUUGGCGGUCAGAUUGUUGGAGGUGUCAUGAAGAACAGCGUAGGGAAGCUCUUCGGAUGA